AUGCCUGUCCAGGGUACCUUGUCAGAUUUCCUGACUGCCUCCAGUGAGAAAUGGACUCCAGUACCGGACGACCUGUUUAGCGAGGAGUCAGACUUCCACGGCGACGCCGCUUCAACUGCGUACUACAACAAUCUUGCAGCAGCGUAUGAUCCUCGAAACUACUGGAAAGUCCAUGCCUGGAACAUUCAAGUCAAAGCUGAAAAGGCCAAACAGUCGCAGAAGAAGGCAGACGAAGUUCGAGCCAAAGAAGAACAAGAACAGAAAGCAGCAUCCAGCGCGGAUGUCCCGGUUGACCAUGGAAAUGAAGCAAGCAAUUCAAAGAUCAAACACGAAGACACCGCACUGCUUAGCCAUGACGAUGAACAACCUGACAAAAUGGACGUCGAAACGCCUCUCCCUCCACCUGAUAACCCUGAGCAGCCAACGGCGGACGGUGACGCAGCCCCAAACAAUUCCAAACCCUACAACUUCUAUGAAGGAAUCGACCUGGCCAAACAACUCUCGGAAUCGCUCGCGGACUUCCUGCACCGACUGCAGCCGUCUCAGACCUCGUCUUCCCGCGGUCGCUGGAUCUAUAUCGCGAACCCCUACCCGCCACUCAAAAUGGCAUCGUCUGGCAAGCUCGUCACGGACGCCGAAGCCCGCGACGUCGCGACGUUUCGCCAGGUCGGCACCCGGCUGCUCGACGACUUCCUCUCAGCAAAGGAACGAGUCGAGUCCCAAAACCCUGGGAAAGCAGCUGCCACGAUCACGCGCAUGCUCCGUCCGGACCGAGAGCAUCUUGAGUCCGGCAUCCGCGAGCUCGCGCGCGAAAGUAACAUCACAACAGGCAAAUGGAUGCUCUUCCCGUCGGCCGACGACGUUGACCGGACCUGGUCCCUCGUCGCACGGGGAACGUGGGAAGGUACCUUGGGAAUCAGUGCCAAAGUGGCCGCGGCCCCCGACGCGGAAACUACCAGUGCCAGCGCCGGUGUCGGUGGCAAGGACAGGGACAAAGAGUCCAGGUUGAUUUGCGUCUACACGUACGACUUCGCAGACAGGGACGACGUGAAGCGUGUUCUUUUGGGCCUGAAGAAACUUGGACUUUUGAAUGGCGAUGCCAACGGCGGGGGCGGUGGUGGGAGCAUGAACAAGAACAACGCCGCCGCCACCGCCGCCGCCCGGGCCAUUUACUACAAGUGCGAUGCCUACACUCAUCUCGACAUCUCGAGUGGCAACGAGUACAAGCUCAAGGCGAGCAUGUAUAGUAGUCGCGACAUGCUAGGUGGGUCUUGA